AUGGAGAGUCCCAUGUUUGACACCAUCCUGGAGACAACAGACGGGGUAACCCCCGACCCUAGCUGGACCCUGCCGUACCCACUGGGCUUCCAGGUCUCAUUGACAGGCUUCCUAAUGUUGGAAAUCGUUCUGGGGGUCAGCAGCAACCUCACAGUGUUGGUUCUGUACUGCCUGCAAGCUGGCCUGGUUGACUCUGUCAGCAACAUGGUGACCAUGAACUUGCACGUAUUAGAUGUGCUCAUCUGUGUGGUAUGUGCGCCACUCACCAUGGUGGUAGUACUGGUGCCACCUGAUCGUGCUGCCACCCUGUUCUGCUGCUUCCAUGAGGCCUGCAUCACCUUCAGCAGCGUGGCAACUGCCACCAAUGUGCUGGUGAUCAGCUUGGACCGUUACGACAUCUCGGUUCGUCCAGCGCAGCGCGUGCUCACUCCGGCCCGGGCUAUUCUACUCCUGGCUGGAGUCUGGGUGCUCUCCCUGACUGUUUUUUUUAUACCCUUCCUUGAGGGUGAGUUUGGACACGCCAGCGUGUGGCAAAACCGCACUGUGCUGUGUGUCGGCCCAGAAGAGUUCCAUGCCGAACUUGGCACCUCCUAUCACCUUGCCAUCCAGAUCCCCACUUUCUUUGCAGCUGUAGCUGUCAUGCUGGUGACCUACGCCAAGAUCCUGCAAGCUCUCAAUAUCAGCAUUGGCAGCACCUUCAAGCGCAGCCAGCGCCGCAAGACCAAAAAGAGGAGGCGGCGGAAAGCAACAGAGCUGGGCAGCAGCAGCAGCAGCAUGAUCAGCGCAAAGGAGGCCAAGAGGCUGUCCCAGCCCAUGCCCACGCUCCAUACUCCACCCCCUAUGGGCGUGCAGGCUUCCGUCUCUGUGAUCAUCGCGCUGCGCCGGGCCGUGAAGCGCCACCGCGACCGGCGGGAGCGCCAGAGGCGUGUUUUCCGCAUGUCCCUGCUCAUCAUCUCAACUUUCCUGUUGUGCUGGGCACCUCUGUCCAUUGUCAACCUGCUCAUUCUGUGCCUCGGGCCCAGCCCCUUGCUGGGCAAGCUGCGCAUCUGCUUCUUGGCCAUGGCCUACGGAACCACCAUCUUCCACCCGCUCCUAUAUGCCUUUACCCGCCAGAAGUUGCGCAAUGUACUCCGCAGUAAGCUGAAGAAGCGAGUAGUGUCAGCACUGCAAGUCGAUCCCGCACCGGGUGGCACCAUCAUCCACAACUCCUGGGUGGAGCCGCCACGGAAGGGCUGCAAGGGGCGGCCACGGGAUAGCGAUGGGGCUGAGCACUGCCUGACUGAGGCCACAAAAGAGUGA